UGUAUAGCGUGGUUUUGAGGUCCAUCAAAAUUGGAAAAAAAAAAAAAAAAAGUUGGGUUUUGAGGAAAAAGAAAGAAAGAAGAGCAUAGAGACGGGGCUUCGAAAACGAAAAGAGCAAACUUUAUAGGCGCACUGGAGCGCCAAUACUCAGCUUCGGCUGCAACGCAACAACAAUGGAUUUGAGAAGGUUCCCAAUCUCCAAAUCCCUGCCCAACCCUCUCUUCUACCCACCCAUCACGCGCCCCAUGACCUGCGUGACAUCCACCGCCCAACACGCGCAAGAACAUCCUCAGUCUCAGCCUCAGCCUCAGCCUCCGCCGCCGACGCCAACACCAACGGCAACGCCAACGCCAACGCCAACGGCAUUCCGUUUCCUCAACCAGCCAGAGACUUGUUCUUCUUCUUGUUCUUCUGAUCACGGUUUGCACAAGCUUCUAUCCUCUGUUCUUUCAAAGCCUUAUUUAGAUUAUUCUAAUUGUAAAUCAAUCAUACCCCAUUUGUCCGCUCGUGAUUUUGAUGCUUUUUUCUUCUCCAUUUGGUCCAAUGUGAACCCAAAAACGGGUCUACAAUUUUUUCAUAUUGCAUCUCAGUCUUUCCAAUUUCGUUUUACCAUGAGGUCCUAUUGUCUUUUGAUCGGUUUGCUUGCUGCUUCUAAUCUUUUGCCGGCUGCCAGAUUGCUUUUGAUACGUUUGGUUGAUGGGAAAGUUAAUACUUUGUGCUCGAAUAAGAAUGAAAGUCGUCAUAUUCAGAUAGCCAAUGCUAUGUCUGAAUUGAAUGUGGUGUUGGAGAAGAACCUUGGGUUUAAGGUUUUCGAUCUGUUGAUACAUGUUUACUGUACCCAAUUUAAGAAUAUGGGUUUUUCUUAUGCUGUUGAUGUUUUUAUGUUAUUGGCAAGUAGAAGAUUGUUUCCAUCUUUGAAGACUUGCAAUUUUUUGUUAAGCAGUUUGGUGAAGGAGAAUGAAUUUCAAAAGAGUUACGAAGUAUUUGAAGUAAUUCAUAAAUGUAUAACUCCUGAUGUUUACUUAUUUACAACUGCGAUCAGUGCAUUUUGUAAAGGAGGGAAGAUUGAAGAUGCUAUUGGUUUGUUCCUGGAAAUGGAGGAGCUGGGUGUGACUCCAAAUGUUGUUACAUACAAUAAUAUUAUUCAUGGUCUGUGCAAAAGUGGGAGAUUAGCUGAGGCGUUCCAGUUUAAAGAUAAGAUGGUAGAAAAAAAUGUAAAACCAAGUCUCAUAACAUAUAGUGGUCUUAUAAAUGAUUUAAUUAAGUUGGAGAAACCUGAUAAAGCAAAUUAUGUUUUGAAGGAAAUGUACAGUAUGGGGUUUGUCCCAAACGAGGCUGUCUAUAACAAACUGGUUGAUGAGUUUUGUAGGAUGGGAAAUAUCAGUGAGGCACUAAAGGCAAGGGAUGAUAUGUUAUCCAAGGGGAUAACUCCUAAUUCAGUUGUUCUUAAUUCUCUUCUAGUGGGUUUCCGCAAAAAUAAUCAAUUUGAGCAUGCUGAGAAAGUUUUUGAGGAGAUUUUAUCUAGGAAGCUACCCAUAAACCAGGGUAUUUGUUUUUCAGUCAUUCACUGGUUAUGCAUGAAUUCUAGGUUUAGUUCUGCUCUACUAUUCACUAGGAAAAUGUUAACAAGAAACUUUAGGCCUACUGAUACCUUGCUGACCUUGUUGGUGAGUGGGCUCUGUAGAGAUGGAAAGCUUUCUGAAGCAAUUGAACUUUGGUUUACACUGUGGGAGAAGGGGUUUGCAGCCAACACUGCUACCUCAAAUGCUCUAAUUCAUGGAAUUUUUGAAGCACAUAACAUGGAAGAGGCUGUCAGGCAGCUUAAAGCAAUGCUUGAGAGGGGUUUUGUGCUGGAUAAGAUAUCAUACAAUACACUUAUUAAGGGGUGUUGCAACGAGGGAAAGGUAGAGGAAGGUUUUAAGCUCAGGGAAGAGAUGUUGAAGCAAGGAAUUCGACCAGAUAGUUAUACAUACAAUUUGCUAAUGAACGGUCUUUGUAAAAUGGGCAAGGUAGAUGAUGCAGUUAAGCUUUGGGAUGAGUGCAAAGAAAAUGGACUAGUUCCUGAUGUCUAUACAUAUGGGCUGAUGAUAGAUGGGUAUUGUAAAGCUGACAGAAUCAGUGAGGCUGAAAAGCUAUUUAAUGAGAUGGUGUCUAAAAACAUGGAGCUAAAUACUGUUGUUUAUAAUUCAUUAAUUAAAGGGUACUGUAGAACUGGGAAUAUGGAGGCAGCCUUUAGACUUCGUGAUGACAUGAGAGACAAUGGUAUUCGACCAACUUGUGCCACAUAUUCUUCACUAAUACAAGGAAUGAGCAGUAUUGGCUGUGUUGAAGAUGCGAAGAGCCUACUUGAUGAGAUGAAAAAGGAUGGUUUGUUGCCAAAUGUUGUUUGCUACACUGCACUAAUUGGUGGUUAUUGUAAGCUAGGAGAAAUGGGUAAAGUGAAGAAUGUCUUGAUUGAGAUGUCUUCAUAUGGUAUAAAAGCUAAUAAAAUUACCUACACUGUCAUUAUUGACGGGUAUUGUAAACUGGGAAAUAUGGAAGAAGCAACUAAGCUUCUGGAAGAGAUGAAAAAAAAUGGAAUUGUCCCUGAUACUGUCACUUAUAAUGUCUUGACAAAUGGAUUUUGCAAGGAUAGGAAGAUAAAUGAAGCUUUUGAAGUUUGUGAUGAUAUGUCCAACGUAGGUCUUGCUUUGGAUGAAGUAACAUAUACAACACUAGUUGAUGGGUGCCAUCAGCACACAGAAAACACAGAUAAAGAAUGAUCUAACAAACUCUUUAGAGGUGUGCUAAUUGUAGACCAUAGUACAGAAAGCAGCUUGCCAUCUCUUGAUGAUCCUAGAACUUGGACGUCAGUUGAUCCCUUGUAUGUAGGAGAAUAAUGAUGGGAGAAGAUAGGUGCGAUCUUGAAGGUGACCAUAAAAUAUAGAUUUGGGAAGUCCACCUGGGUCAAGCAUCUGUUAAAACCAGUUAAGAGUUUGAUGUUUAAGGUGACGGGGCUGGACUGGAUUGGACAAUAACAAAGCAGCAUAUUGGGGAAGUUGUAAUUGCAGCAAUGCACAGUUUCCAAUUUCCUGCUGAAGAAGGAUGGAGCUUUAUAAAAAUUACCUUCAAACUGGAAAGCUUAAAACAUUUUAAUUAGAGCCUAAGGUCAGUGCUCAAUGAUUGAAUUCUAAAAGUGGAGCUGAAGAAGUAACAUAUGUUAAAGAGGAAUCACCAAGAUUUGAUAUCUGGAAUCAUCAAAGUUGAAUCCAAAUUUGCGCUGAAGAAGAAUCAGAAUUUGGUAAAUUUGGCAAACAGGAUGAGCAGCAAAUGCUGGUUGGAUGGCUGUUAAGUUCAGAUUUGGACCUUCCAAGAUGUAUUAUGUCAUAAUAUACCUUUCAGGAUUUCUUUAAUUCAAAAAGCAGUCUUAUUUGGACCCAGAAAAACUCCAUUUAUGCCUGACAUGAUGGAUCAUCUCAAUUUGCUUGGCUGGAAGAAGCAGCACGCUGUUACAAUUUUUUCCUCCCCCACCAGGUUGGUUCAUUUUAAUGCUCAACCUCUGUAAAGAAACGGCUAUAUUUGGAAGCAAUUAUAUGUCAAUAGAAUUUUAAAAAAUAAAUAAAUAAAAUUACAUUACAAUCAAA